AUGUCUAAUACCGCAUCCCAUGAUGAAUUUGACCUUGUUAGCUUGGCGUCUAACCCUACUGAGGUUACAGAAGGCUUAGAAACUAGCUUAAGAUACCAAAGGUCUGCAUCUUCUGUCGCAUCAACAGCCAAGCCUCAACACAAGAAGAGACGUUCCAAUAAUCUCUUAUGGGAACAUACGCGGCCUCCAAAGGAGGGUGAGGAUGUGAGGAACAAACACAAACAAGAGAUUUACUACUGCAAGCACUUAACCGCAGAAGGUGUCUCACGCUUUGCAUUUAAUAAUAUAAUCAAGGAUAUCUUUGGGAAGCAGCUGGAGAAACAGGCUGGACAUGAUAUUGAUCAGGAGAAGCACCUCCGUACAGCUAUACAAGAAGCUGAAUUCAAAGAAGCCUGUGUCCGACUUAUUACGGUUUGCAAUCUUCCUCAUUCACUACUGGAUUGGGCUGAAUUUUGGGCUGUUAUCCUAUCUGCCAUUGUUGCACAUUGGGCUGAUACAGAUACACGCAGUAUUGAGUGCGCUCUGUUAUUAUUAAAGGAGUUUAAAGGCUCACAUAGUGGUGAGGAGCAGGCGCGAGUGUUUAUCGAGGUUAUAAAUGAGGCAGGCCUGCAGGGCAAGCUCGGUUGUUUAAUAAUGGAUAAUGCGACAUCCAAUGACAAGAUGCUCCGCUAUAUCACCAAGGAGACCGAAAACUUUGAUCCCAUUCUUUACCGGGUCCGCUGCUUUGGCUAUAUUAUCAACCCUGUGAUUCAAGCCUUUCUAUUUGGUGCAAAGAAUCACGGUGGCGAGGAUCUUAUGGACCAGGAAGAGGCUAUCAGUCUAGCUAUCAAGGAGAUCAGACUCCUGACCAAAGAAACAAAUCGCGAUAUCCGUGAUAAGGUGGCGUUGGGAUCGCUAGGCAAGCUCCACAAUAUCAAUAUCUGGGUACGGGCAUCGACCGAGAGAUAUCAAAAUUUUAUUAAAGCUAUUGGCCGCGCAAUCCUAAUAGGUAAUGAUACUCGCUGGAACUCCUGGAGCGCGGAGAUUAACGUCGCACUAACCAAGCGCUGA